GUCUUCAAAAUUACAUGCCAUAAUCUAAGGUAUUCUUUAUCAUCUCAAUAAUGUCUACUACAGGUUCAUCUGGCUGGGAUAGUGCUCUCUCCUUGGUCGAGUGUUCAUUGCUACAAUAAUUCGGAUUGAGAGGUAUUUCUCCCGUAGAAGAGAUCGAAUGAAAACAAGCAGUGUUAGUCCGUUGGAUUCGCCUCUUCUGACAACGGAUAGAUAUCGGGAAAAUAUAGAAAAGAAGAAAACGAUCAGAUUCACCUCCCAGCAGCUGAGGAGUGCCACCGGAGAUUUUAGGACGUUGCUGGGAGUAGGUGGCUUCGGAGAAGUAUAUAAAGGGGUUUUAAGCAACGAAACCGAUGUGGCGGUGAAGGUGUUGUUUGGAAGUUCUGAUGAGAGGAUUAAAGAACAGUUCAUUGCAGAAGUCAGCACGAUUGGAAGAAGCCACAAUUUUAAUUUGAUUCGAUUCUAUGGUUUUUGCUUCGAGAGAGACCUCAAAGCUUUGGUUUAUGAGUACAUGGUCAAAGGCUCCCUGGACAGGUUUUUGUUUAAUGCGCAAGAGAAGCUGGAGUUUGAAAAACUUCAUGAAAUUGCAACUGGUACAGCAAGGGGGAUUGCUUAUUUGCACGAAGAAAGUCAGCAGCGAAUUAUCCACUAUGACAUAAAACCAGGGAACAUUCUCCUUGAUGCCAAUUUCUUCCCUAAAGUUGCCGAUUUUGGGUUGGCCAAGCUCUGCAAUAGGGACAGAACUCACAUAACCAUGACUGGUGAGAGGGAACUCGCGGGUAUGCUGCCCCAGAACUCUUGAUGCCAUACCCUAUAACCCACAAAUGCGAUGUCUACAGCUUCGGGAUGCUUCUAUUUGAUAUUAUAGGGAGUAGAAGUAACCUUGACAUAAACUUUCCAGAAAGCAAGGAAUGGUUUUCAAGGUGGAUUUGGGAAAAGAUUGAGAAUGGAUAUGCGAAAGAGGUAAUGAUUGUGUGCAGGAUUGAGGAGAAGGACAGAGAGGUAGCAGAGAGAAUGGUGAGAGCAGCUUUGUGGUGUGUCCAGGACAAGCCUGAGUCAAGGCCUCUAAUGAGCUAUGUGGUGAAAAUGCUGGAAGGAGCAGUGGAGGUUCCAAUGCCUCCAAACCCAUUUCCACAUGCACCGGAAGGAGCAGUGGAGGUUCCAAUGCCUCCAAACCCAUUUCCACAUGCACCGGUAGGAGCAGUGGAGGUUCCAAUGCCUCCAUACCCAUUUCCACAUGUACCGGAGGUAGUGGAGGUUCCAAUGCCUCCAUACCCAUUUCAAAAUGCACCGGUUGGAGCAGUGGAGGUUUCAAUGCCUCCGGUUGGAGCAGUGGAGGUUCCAAUGCCUCCAUACCCAUUUCAAAAUGCACCGGAAGGAGCAGUGGAGGUUCCAGUGCCUCCAUACCCUUUUCUAGAUGUACGGGAGGUUAUGCCAACCCGUAAUAAUAGUGAACCCACCCAGAGAACUUUGACCACCAACAACAGCAGCAGCUUUGAUACAAAAUCCUCUUCAGUGGGGUGUGCAACCCCCAUCAUGAGAAAAUAUGAGAUCGAAAUUGUCUACGACUCCUAGAUGUUGCUUAAUAUUUGUUAUUUGUGAUGUAACAAUGAAGUGAAGGCUUGAUCUCAUGCCUGCAUUUGCUUUGAAUCAUGUUUGUUUUUGCUUAGUAAUGUUAUCCAUAUAAUUUUUUUUUUUAAUAAUUUUGCAAAGAGUUG